GCGUGGGGGAGGGCGAGUGUGAGGAGCCAGCCGGCUGCUCCUGACCCUUCUCCUGCCCUGCUCCCCUGUGCCUGGGCCCUCGCGGCUACCUGGGGAGACCUCGUGCGGAGCGGUGCCUGCGUCCCAUCCCGUGGUGGCUACAAGGCCUGUGUCCACCCAUCUCAUGUGCUACGUGUGUCCCUAGAGCCUCAUUCCGUGCUGUCUGGCGGGAGCGCCAUCUUGGCUCACCAUCUCAUCGCCUCACCACCCCAGCAGGGCUGCCUCAGCAUGGCCAUCUCAUCACGCCUCGCCUUGUGGGAGCAGAAGAUCCGGGAAGAGGACAAGAGUCCUCCGCCGUCCUCGCCCCCUCCCCUCUUCUCCGUCAUCCCGGGGGGCUUCAUCAGGCAACUGGUCCGCGAGACGGAGAAAGAGUCCAAGGAAGCCAGGCGCAGGAAGCAGGCGGCGCUGGCCUCCCCAGAACGAGAGACCCCAGAAGUUCCCACCAGUCCACCAAACAGCAAGACCAACAGGGGCACGAAAUCUGGAAGCCAACAGAUUCCCCAGGGCAGCCAGUCUGCCCCUCCCCAGGGCACAAGCAUUCCGGGCAAGGAGAGCCAGGGGGCCGGCGGCACUGCCCCUGCACCGAUGACCAGCAUCAAUGGCGAGAAGCCCCAGGAGCCGGGCCUCACGGCGACCCCAGCCAAGAAGAGCCUGCCCUUCAGGAGGGGUGUGCUGGGGGGCGACGUGCUGCUGAUGGUGGCCAGGCUGGACCCCGGAGCAGCCCAGCCAGAGCAGAGGACCCAGGCCCGUGAUCCCCCCGCUUGCAAGACACCACCCGCAGUUACAGACCCCGGGGGCGAAAAGCCAGGGGAGACCCCAGGGAGUCCCUCUGGGUCCCAGAUCCCCACUGAGGACUUGGCUUCAAAGCCUGAGAAGACCCGGACUGGGGGUCUUGGGGACCCAGGCCAAGGAUCAGAAGGCCAAAAGGGGGGCAGGGGACCCCAGACCAAAGGGCUGAAAGGGGGUGAGCUCCAGGGCAAAGAGGAGCAGAGGACCAGGCCCCAAACCCAAGAGGCAGGUGAUGGGGGGCAGCCAGGGGCGGUGGAGAAGGAGGGAGGGGAUCCCCCAAGCAAGAACGAGAAGGGGGGUCUGCCCAAGGACGCGGAGACUGAAGGGAAGCCCUCUGGGCCUCGAGUCCAAGUGAGAAAAUGGGGCGGUUCCCUGGGUAGAAAGAGUAAGUGGGGUGGUCCCCAGAGCAAGAAGGACAAAGGAGGUGACCUCAGGGCGGGCAGCGAGGAGCCGGAAGGAGGCACAGCGCAGGGCAGUCUGGGGCCGCCAGGGGGCGCUCCUGGGGAGCCGGAGGCGGCAGACGCACCUGGGCGGACAGGUGAGCCCUGCGCCAGGCCGGGGGCAGGUGGAGCCCCAGAGGAGGUGGCUGCAGAGCGGCCGUCGCUGGCGGCAGCCGGAAAGGAGGACGCGCCGCAAGGCAGAGCGCAGGAGCCCUGCGCCACAGGAGCCCAGGACGAGGACCGGCCUGGGAUGCGGCAGCAGGACGGAAGCCCAGGGCCUGCGGAGACCCCGGGGGUCGGGCAGACGCAGCCUGAGGAGGGGACAGCCCUGCAGGAGGACAGCAGAGGAGGCCAGAGCGGAGACUCAGACCAGGCUCCUGAGGACAGAUGGUACCAGGCAGAGAAAGUCUGGCUGGUUCAGAAGGACGGAUUUACUCUUGCCACGGUGCUAAAGCCAGACGAGGGAACAGCCGACCUGCCCGCGGGAAGGGUACGGCUUUGCCUCGACGCUGACCAAACCGUCACGGAGGUGGAUGAGGAGCAUGUGCACAGGGCUAACCCCCCCGAGCUGGACCAGGCCGAGGACCUGGCCUCUCUGGUCAGCGUCAAUGAGUCCAGCGUCCUGAACACGCUUCUGCACCGCUACCGGGCCCAGCUGCCACACACCUGCUCUGGGCCUGAUCUGAUCGUCCUUCAGCCCCAGGGUCCCUGGGCGCCCCCUGCAGCCAAGGUGCCCAGGGGCCGCCGGGACGGCUUGCCUGCCCACGUCUGCUCCCUGGCCCAGCGGGCCUACUGGGAGCUGCUGAGCCAGCGGAGGGACCACAGCAUCGUGGCCCUGGGCCGGAGUGGCGCGGGGAAGACCACCUGCUGCGAGCAGGUCCUGGAGCACCUGGUGGCGAUGGCAGGCAGUGUGGACGGCAGGGUGUCAGUGGAGAAGAUCCGAGCGGCCUUUAUGGUCCUCAGGGCCUUUGGCUCUGUGUCCACCAGCCACAGCCGCAGCGCCACCCGAUUUAGCAUGGUGAUGUCACUGGACUUCAACGCCAUGGGCCGCAUCACAGCCGCUCAGCUCCAGACGAUGCUUUUGGAGAAGAGCCGAGUGGCUCGGCAGCCGGACGGGGAGGGCAACUUCAAGGUCUUCUCCCAGAUGCUGGCUGGGCUGGACCUGGAUCUCAGGACCGAGCUGAACCUGCACCAGACGGCAGAAAGCAGCACCUUUGGCAUGGGCGUGUGGUCCAAGCCUGAAGACAAGCAGAAGGCAGGGGCGGCCUUUGCCCAGCUCCGGGGCGCCAUGGAGACGCUGGGCAUCUCAGAGAGCGAGCAGCGGGCCAUCUGGCGGGUGCUGGCGGCCAUCUACCACCUCGGCGUGGCCGGAGCCUGCAAAGUGGGCCGGAAGCAGUUCAUGCGUUUCGAGUGGGCGAACCACGCAGCCGCGGCCCUGGGCUGUGAGUUCGAGGAGCUGAACACGGCCACCUUCAAGCACCACCUGCGGCAGAUCAUCGAGCAAGUGACGUCCAGGCCCAGGCCACGGGGACUCGAGGAGGAGGAGGCCAGCCCAGGGCUCAAGAUGACGGGCGUGGAGUGCGUGGAGGGCAUGGCCGGCGGCCUGUACCAGGAGCUGUUUGCUGCUGUCGUCUCGCUCAUCAACAGAUCCUUCUCCUCCCACCACCUCUCCAUGGCGUCCAUCAUGGUGGUGGACUCCCCGGGCUUUCAGAACCCCCGGCAUCAGGGCAAGGACCGGGCGGCCACCUUUGAGGAGCUGUGUCAUAAUUACGCCCAGGAGCGUCUGCAGCUGCUCUUCCACCAGCGCACCUUCGAGUCCACACUGGAGCGACUCCGAGAGGAAGGUGUUCCUGUGAAGUUCGACCUCCCGGAGUCUUCCCCAGCGACAACGGUGGCCGUUGUGGAUCAGAAGCCCUCCCAGGUCCACUUACCAGCUGGAGGAGGUGCCGAGGAUGCCAGGGGCCUUCUCUGGGUCCUGGAUGAGGAGGUCCGGGUCGAGGGCUCCAGUGACAGCGUGGUGCUCGAGCGUCUGCGGGUGGCCUUUGAGAAGGGAGCUGGAGGUGAGGGGACCUCCGCCCUGAGGACCUGUGAGCAGCCCCUUCAGUGCGAGAUCGCCCACCAGCUGGGGCAGGACCCCGUGCGCUACGACCUCACGGGCUGGCUCCACAAGGCCAAGCCCAACCUCUCGGCCCUGGACGCCCCCCAGGUCCUUCAGCACUCAAAGAGGGAGGAGCUGCAGAGCCUGUUCCAGGCGCGGGCCAAGCUGCCCCCUGUGUGCCGGGCAGUGGCGGGCCUGGAGGGCACCUCGGAGCAGGCGUCGCUGCGGAGCCGCGUGGUGAGGAGGACGUUCGCUAGCAGCCUGGGCGCCGUGCGGAGGAGAGCCCCGUGCUCCCACGUCAAGCUGCAGAUGGACGCUCUGGUCAACCUGGUGAAGCGGUCCCGGCUGCACUUCAUCCACUGCCUGACGCCGACCCCGACGGUGGAGAGCAGGGGCGGGCAGGGCUCUCCCACACCACCGCAGCCCGGUGGGGACCAGCCCCUGUCCCUGGACAUCCCGGCACUGAGGGUGCAGCUGGCGGGAUCACACAUCCUGGAGGCCCUGCGUCUGCACAGAACAGGCUACGCCGACCACAUGGGGCUUGCUCAGUUCCGCCGGCGGUUCCAGGCGCUGGACCCUGCGCUGCUGAAGAAGCUCCUGUCGACCUCGGAGGGGAUGGACGAGAGGAAGGCUGUGGAGCAGCUCCUGAUGACCUUGGAUCUGGAGAAGACGGCAGUGGCCCUGGGACACAGCCAAGUCUUCCUCAAGGCAGGGGUGGUCUCCAGGCUGGAGAGGCAGCGGGAGAAGCUGGCGUCCCAGAGCAUCGUCCUCUUCCAGGCGGCCUGCAAGGGCUUCCUGUCGCGCCAGGAGUUCAAGAAGCUGAAGAUUCGCCGCCUGGCUGCCCAGUGCAUCCAGAAGAACGUGGCCGCGUUCCUGGCCGUCAAGGACUGGCCGUGGUGGCAGCUGUUUGGUGCCCUCCGGCCACUACUGAGUGCCACCAUUGGGACUGAGCAGCUCCGAGCCAAAGAGGAGGAGCUCACAAUGCUGAGACAGAAGCUGGAAAAGUCAAUAAAGUCCAGGACGGAGCUCCGGCAGAACACAGACCGUCUGGAGAGCCAGAUUGCUGACUUGACCACAGAGCUGGCAGACGAGCGCUUCAAAGGGGACGCGGCCUGCCAGGCGCUGGAGAGCGAGCGGGCAGAGCGACUGCAGGCCUUCCGGGAGGCCCAGGAGCUCAAGAGCAAGUACGAGCAAGUCCAGAAGAAGUUGGGAGAAGUAGAGAAGCAGUUGGAGGAAGCCCAGCAGAAAAUUCAGCUGAAUGACUUGGAGAGGAGCCACGCGGCGGGAGCAGAUGAGUGGCAGAUGCGCUUCGACUGUGCUCAGAUGGAGAAUGAGUUUCUCAGAAAGCGUCUUCAGCAGUGUGAGGAGAGGCUGGACUCGGAGCUGACAUCCAGGAAAGAGCUGGAACAGAAGCUCGCCGAGCUGCAGGGCGCUUACGAGGAGGCCAGGAAGACAGCCCACCAACUGAAGAGGAAGUGCCACCACCUGACCUGGGACCUGGAGGACACCCGCGUCCUGCUGGAGAACCAGCAGGGCCGAAACCACGAGCUGGAGAAGAAGCAGAAGAAGUUUGACAUGCAGCUGGCUCAGGCCCUGGGGGAGUCGGUGUUUGAAAAGAGUAUGCGUGAGAAAGUGUCGCAGGAGAACAACAGCAUGCGGUGGGAGCUGGGGCAGCUCCAGCAGCAAGUCAAGCAAAAGGAGCAGGAAACCAUGAAGCUGAGGCAGGAGGUGGAGACGCUGCAGACUCAGAAACAGGAGCUGCUGGAGUCAUCCUCCGUGGGGAAAGAUGGCGUCGCCGGCUUGAAGGAGCGGCUCUGGAAGCUGGAAUCUAGCAAGCUGGAGCAAGAGAAGAUCCAGAACCAGCAGGAAAAUACCAUCAAGCAGCUGGAGCAGCUCCGCCAGCGGUUUGAACUGGAAAUAGAGAGGAUGAAGCAGAUGCAUCAGAAGGACCGGGAGGACCAAGAGGAGGAGCUGGAGGACAUCCGUCAGUCCUGCCAGAAGCGGCUCCACCAGCUGGAGAUGCAGCUGGAGCAGGAACACGAGGAGAAGCAGAUGGUGCUCCACGAGAAGCAGGACCUGGAAGGCUUGAUCGGGACCCUGUGUGACCAGAUUGGCCACCGGGAUUUCGACGUGGAGAAGCGUCUUCGGAGGGACCUGAAGAGGACGCACGCCCUUCUGUCAGACGUCCAGCUUCUUCUGGCCACCAUGGAGGACAGCAAGACCUCUGUCAGCAAGGAGGAGCUGGAGAAGGUGCACAGCCAGCUGGAGCAGAGUGAGGCCAAGUGCGAGGACGCCCUGAAGACCCAGAAGGCGCUGACCACGGACCUGGAGAACAUGCACAGCGAGCUGGAGAACAUGACCCGGAGCAAGAGCCUGGUACUGUCCCCUGCAGCCCGAGGACAUAGGAGGGACAGGGUGCGCGCACCCCUGGAGGACCUCCACCAGGAGGCGUUCCGCUGGGUCACAUCUGCCCGCUCCCCACCCCUCUGUCCACCCAUCCGUCGUGCACCUGGCCACCCGGGAUUCUCGGGGCUGGGUGCCCAGGAAGCCCCAGGGCCUCACGGCCACGUUUUAUUUGUGUCUCACCAGUCGGCUGCGGACAUUGGUCAGAUCCAAGAGCUACAGCAGGAGCUGGAGGAAACCAAGAAGGAGAAGCACAAGCUUCAGGAACAACUGCAGGUGGCGGAGAUGCGCGUCCAGUACCUGGAGCAGUCCACCGUGGACCGCGCGAUUGUCAGCAGGCAGGAGGCAGCCAUCUGCGACUUGGAGAACAAGACGGAGUUUCAGAAAGUGCAGAUUAAGAGACUUGAGGUCCUGGUGAUCAGACUCCGGGACAGCCUGAUCAAGAUGGGCGAGGACCUGUCGCAGGCCCAGGCCUCGGAGUCCAAGCAGCGGGAGAGCAGCCAGUACUACCAGCGGCGCCUGGAGGAGCUGAAGGCAGACAUGGAGGAGCUGGUGCAGCGGGAGGCGGAGGCCAGCAGGAGGUGCAUGGAGCUGGAGAAGUACGUGGAGGAGCUCGCCGCCGUGAGGCAGACCCUGCAGACGGACCUGGAGACGUCCAUCCGGCGGAUCGCCGACCUGCAGGCGGCCCUGGAGGAGGUGGCGUCCAGCGACAGCGAUGCCGAGAGUGUGCAGACAGCGGUGGAUUGUAGCAACGGCGGCAGGAAAGAAAUAGACAGCUUCUCCGCCAUCAGCUCCCAGCCAGAGGGCAGCCUGCAGUCCUGGCUGAGCUGCACUCUGUCCCUGGCCACAGACACGGCCAAGAGCCCGUCUCGACAGUCCGCCGCCAGCAGCUACACCCUCCACGCCAGGGAGCACUCGAGUGUCCACCUUGAGAUGGAAGAGGCUGACCGCCCCUUUGUCUCGGGCAUCAAAACCAUUUUGAAAAAGAGCCCGGAGUCCAAGGAGGACCCCGCACACCUCUCCGACUCGUCUUCUUCCUCCAGUUCCAUUGUGUCCUUCAAAAGUGCCGACAGCAUCAAGAGUCGGCCGAGAGCCCCGCGACUGGAGGGCGACGGUGGAGAACAACUGUCCCCCGAGAACAGAGAGCCAGGCGCAGAGAGGAAAGAGGACGUGGAGAGCAUAAUGAAGAAAUACCUCCAGAAGUAGGGCCCUGCAGCUUCUGGAGAUGCCGUCCUCGGAGUCUCCCAGCUCCACAGCCGCCUGGAGACAGAGACUGGCCAGGCCUCGCGGGGCCCCGGGUCCGGAGCCGCCCACACAGCCACCCCCGAGAGGGAGAAGGACCCAGGAGGCAGUUCCCGCUGGGGGCCCGGGCGCCCGUGUGCUUGGUCUGUACAAAAUAAAGCCGUCUUCCUUGGUA